UUUAGAGCAGAAAUGGUACGGAAAAAGAAUUCAUUUUAUAAUUUGAGAAUUCAAAAAUAAUUCUUUUUUAAUUCUCUUUGCUAUCUGAUUUAUCAUCAUCCGAAGUAAGCUGGAGUAAUGUCAUCAGGAGUAACUUGCCCAUAUGAAUCGCAACCGCAGGAUCCACGCAAGACGAUCCCCUACCUAUACGAGCCACUACGAGCGGAACAGAGCGGUAUAUGAGUUUAAACGCCCCCUCCCGUUAGCGAUGGCUCGAUCCCCUUUUCAAGGAGAAAGAGGCUCGGUGGCCUAUGGACGCUCUGCUGGCGGGAAAGGUGUAAUGGCGAGAGCGCGAAAAAAGGAUCCCGUCCGACAAACCGGCAGCGGCGGGCUGCGCGGCAGUUGAGGCAGUUAUUGUCCCGGUUGUCCGUCCGAUCGGCGGUUAAUUCGCUCGGAGAGCGCGGCGCGCGUGACGGAACGGAGCAGAACGGAGCGGAGCGAAGCGGCGCGCGGUGGCCCCGCGGUCGAUGGGACGUGUGGCGGAGUGAAUUAUCGGUCGCGCAUGGUCCGUAGGUAGAAUUCGCUGUAUCGCUUUUCGGUGGAUCUCCGAGACGAGCGGAGAGUCCGCAGCUCCGAAUCGCUCGCUCGCGCCGCCGUGGUGGUGCGCCCGACGAAGAUGGCCGCCUGACGACGGUGUCGAGGGCCGAGGAUCAUCGUGCGCGCAUCGAUCGCGUGCGAUCGACCUCGGGGACGUUCGGCCGCCCGCGCCGCGUCCUUGGAGGUGAGUGUACGCUCGCCGAAUGUCGAGGUGGAUGGACGUUGACACGUGCGUGCAUGCGUAUACCUAACGCCGGACGCGUUUUGUGACGUGACGCCCCGACGCGUUUUGGAAAAAACGCACAUCAGAGGAAUCGUCUUCGACGGAUGCUGCUCGCGGUAGAACACGCGUCGUGCCAUGCUCCACUCUCACGGCUCUUUCUAAAACGUUACACUCGAGGGAAAUGAUGCUCCUUGUUUACAUGUUAUUCCUGGAAAUGUAGAAGGUAACGAGAGCUUUGGAGGUGAUGCUGAAAAAUAAUAAAAACAUUCGCUUAAUCCUGUGCCGUCCUUUAUACGUAUCGUUCCGAAGGAGGAUCGACAAUUUUCACGGAAAUUUUUAACUUGUGACAACAAUAAUUCUACAUUGCCGCACUCUUGUCCCGCGUUAAUCGAAAUACCGUAGCAUUAAAAUUUACGUCCGAAGAUUUGAAAGAGAACUGUAAAAAAAAUUUGAUUCGAAGUGGAUUAUUCGUUCGUUUAAAGGCUAUAAUAUAAAAGUCCACUCGUUUUAGGAAGUGGAGAGCGUUUUAACGCGCCGACGUAACGGAGUAUCCUGGAGUCUCGGAGGUCCGUUACCUCCGCGAAGGAGGUAAGAGAGCGAGAAGCUGGUAGAAGAAGCGCCGCGAUCCUGUUUAUUUCCACGAUUUUUACCUGGCGCAAUUGCGAGAGAGAGAGAGAGCGCGGCCAAGCUGUAUAAUAUCAACGUGUCCGUAUGCGAGCGAAGAAUUGAGAAUUAAGAGUUACGAAACUCUCGUCACUGCCCGCUGAGCUACGCUAUAAAUUGCAAACGUAAACGCGUUUGCGAUAUCAGACGCGCAAAAGUAUCUCGAAUUAAUGCGAAGCGAAGGAGUUUCGGUUUCACGAGAGAAAUUCGUGUAAGGAUUUACGAUCGCGAACCGCGAUCUAAUAUCGAAACAUAUUAUAUUGAGAGAAUUUUCUCCAGAGUGAAAUUCCAUAAAAGUUAGCUUGGUGUGAAACGAGGAAGCGCUUGCAUCGAGGAAACUCCGUCUUACGCGUAAAGGAGGCGACAGAAAAGGAAAAUAUCGAGGUCGACGGGAACUGAAGAGGAACCGAGUGCGCGAGAAAUCUCAGUAAUAUCGAUUGAAAUUUCACACAUUUAUGCGAAUAACAGGCAUCAGCCGAUUUCUUUCGCCCUACACAAAGUUGCUUGAUGAAGAAAGUACAAGGCUCGGCUACUUAUUGUAGACCACUUUCAUCAAAGAAUCAUCGACACGGGGAAAGAGAAUAUAUUCAUUACCAGAGUACUUCAAUUAUUUAAGUACUUAAAUGGAGUGAUACUCUAUAGUAUCAAAGUGCGUACAAAUUUAACGAAUUAGGAGGGUGCAUUCCAACGGAAUAUAUCUCGCGCAACGAAUCAGCUGACGGGAUUGGAAGCGAAGGUUCCAAGCGUCAGCGAUCGGAAAGGAUCGAUCGACACGAGGUGGGAUCGUCCGGAUGGGAGUAUCGCCGCCGAGGGUGGCACUUCCUUGCGGCCGCACCUUCCGCUAGAAAACCGAUAUAGAUGGAACGCAGAGCCGACAGAUAUGGCGCGAGGGAGAUGCGCCAUUCGCGUAGUGAGGAUCUGCUGGGCGCGAUUUCCAGAUCACCCAGUCCGUGCGUCGAUCUACCGGCCACGGCGUCCGAGGAUGAUCUAAUCGCGGCCAGUGCCCUCCGGGACUCGGGCAUCUACGACGAGGCUGUCGGCAGCGCCGGUAUCGCCGGCCCGUCGCGGCGCAUUCUCUCGUCGUCAUCCAGAACGGUGGGAGUCCCUGUCGAUCCGGAGGACUCCAUUCGCGACAUCGUCACCGAGAACGAUCUGUACAGGUAUGUCCUGUUCAAGCGGCAUUAUGACAAAUAUGUGGACCUCGCGGAGAAGUACAAGGAGGCGAAGAGUGUCGCUUAUUACCUGGAGGAGCGCUAUCACGAGAUCAAGGUCGAGCGAGACAGGUUGGAGGAAGCUCGAAGGCAUUUGGAAAGACGACUGGAAGGCUGCGAGACGGAACUUCGUGGCAAGGAGGACGAGCUCUUCUUGCAGCUGGAGAGAAGUUUGCGGCUGGAAGAAGAAAUCGAACGGGCUAAGGCCGAGAGGGAUAGCUAUAUGGAGGCUCAGCAUCGCCUAGAACAACAACGGGAAUCGGCUUUUCGUCGCUUACGGAUGCAGCUCGAGCAGAACGAAGUCACAAGGCGGGAUCUCGAGAGAGCGCGUCAAGAUGUUAUUCGCCAAGCCACUAUUAUCCGUAUCGAAAGAGACACCUUGGAAAGAGAGGUGAGUGUUUAA